AUGUCCUUCAACCCCAAUGCCUCGGCGCAACGGCGCAAUAAUCCCUUCCAACGAAAUGCCUCCCCCUCGCCGGGACCAGCAACCACCAGCUCAGCCCUCUUCUCGUCUCCUCUUUCCAAAACUCCCAUCUCGCAUGCCAGGUCACAAUCCUCAAGCUCCUUUGGGGCGGCGCUUGUUGCGCCGGGUAGCACCCCUCGGCAUCGGGUCGACUCGAGGAGCGGAACUCCAACAUCGAGCACCUUUGCACCUUCCUUCAUCAAAACGGAAGAGAUGACGCGAAGUCAGGAUGUUGUCAAGGGAAUCGAGGGAGAGAAUGACUUUUCUGGAAAGAGAUACGUGUGGUUGAAAGACCCGCAAAGCGCAUUCAUCAAAGGUUGGGUUGUGGACGAGCUCGCGGAUAAUCAGAUCCGUGUGCAGACCGAUGACGGAACGGUGCGCGAAGUGGACGUUGACAGCGUCGACAAAGUGAACCCUGCCAAGUUCGACAAGGCAAACGAUAUGGCCGAGUUGACCCAUCUGAACGAGGCAUCAGUCGUACACAAUCUGCACAUGAGACAUCAGUCCGAUCUCAUCUACACCUAUUCCGGUCUCUUCCUUGUCACCGUCAAUCCAUAUUGCCCCCUCCCCAUAUACAGCAACGAAUACAUCAACAUGUAUAGAGGACGGAGUCGAGAAGAUACGAAGCCGCAUAUAUUCGCCAUGGCCGACGAAGCUUUCCGAAACCUAGUGGAAGAAGGGCGCAAUCAGAGCAUCCUGGUAACUGGCGAGUCUGGAGCCGGAAAGACGGAAAACACCAAGAAAGUCAUCCAGUAUCUCGCAGCCGUUGCGCAGACAGACACAGUCGUGGCAAAGGGAAAGCAUCAACACUCCAAUCUGUCUCAGCAGAUACUCCGAGCCAACCCGAUCCUCGAGGCAUUCGGAAAUGCUCAGACUGUUCGAAACAAUAACUCGUCUCGUUUUGGCAAAUUUAUCCGGAUUGAGUUCAACCGAGGUGGCGCGAUUACAGGCGCGUUCAUCGAUUGGUACCUCCUCGAGAAGUCGAGGGUCAUCAGGAUCAACCAGUACGAACGAAACUAUCACAUAUUCUACCAACUCCUGAAGGGCGCCGAUGGUAGGCUGAAGAAGAGCUUGCUCCUCGAUGGACUCGGCGUUGAAGACUUCUCUUACACACGAAACGGUCACGACAGUAUCGCCGGUGUCUCCGACAGCGAAGAAUGGACCUCGCUCAUGGAAGCCUUUGACGUCAUGGAGUUUUCGGUAGACGACCGGCUUUCCAUUCUCCGAACAAUCGCUGCUGUUCUUCAUCUGGGCAACAUCGAUGUUGUCAAAGAGAGCCGCGGCGCUGAUCAGGCUCGUUUGGCACCCAACGCGAAGGAAGAGGCGGCCAAAGUGUGCGAGCUCCUUGGUGUUCCCUUGGACCCUUUCCUUCGGGGCUUACUCCACCCCAAGGUCAAGGCGGGACGCGAGUGGGUAGAAAAGGUGCAAACGCCCGAACAAGUGCGUCUCAGUCUCGACGCCCUGUCCAAGGGCAUCUACGAACGCGGUUUUGGAAACCUCGUGUCCAGGAUAAACCAACAGCUGGACCGAACGGGCAUGGGUUUGGACGACUCCAAGUUCAUCGGCGUCCUCGACAUUGCCGGUUUCGAGAUUUUCGAACAAAACAGCUUCGAGCAGCUCUGCAUCAACUACACUAACGAGAAGCUGCAGCAAUUCUUCAAUCAUCACAUGUUCGUGUUGGAGCAGGAAGAGUAUGCUCGGGAGCAGAUUGAAUGGCAGUUUAUCGAUUUCGGUCGAGACUUGCAGCCUACCAUCGACCUCAUCGAGCUGUCGAAUCCGAUCGGCAUCUUCUCCUGCCUAGACGAAGACUGCGUCAUGCCCAAAGCCACGGACAAGUCAUUUACGGAGAAGCUUAACUCGCUCUGGGACAAAAAGUCGAACAAAUAUCGCCCCUCCCGCCUGGAACACGGCUUCGUCCUCACCCACUACGCGGCCGCCGUCGAGUACUCGACCGAAGGUUGGCUGGAGAAAAAUAAGGAUCCGCUGAAUGAUAACAUCACGCGGUUGCUUGCCACUUCUGCCGACAGGCACGUUGCCGAACUCUUUGCUGACUGCGCCGCCGACAUGGAAGGAGAUGCUGGGGGGAGAAGUCGGGUGAAGAAGGGCCUCUUCCGUACGGUGGCCCAAAGACACAAGGAGCAACUCCACAGCCUCAUGACGCAACUUCACUCUACUCACCCUCACUUUGUCCGUUGUAUCCUGCCCAAUCACAAGAAGCGGCCGAAACUGUUCGAUAAUAUCUUGGUCUUGGACCAACUUCGUUGCAACGGUGUCUUGGAGGGUAUUCGGAUCGCUCGCACCGGCUUUCCCAACAGGCUGCCAUUCGCAGAAUUCCGUCAGCGAUAUGAAGUGCUCUGCUCCAACAUGCCCAAGGGAUACCUCGAAGGCCAGGCAGCUGCCACCAUCAUGCUCCAGAAACUGGGCCUCGACAAGACACACUAUCGCGUUGGCAUCUCCAAGGUCUUUUUCAGGGCAGGUGUGCUCGCUGAGCUGGAAGAGCAGCGAGAUGCUCUGAUUACUGAAAUCAUGGCCCGUUUCCAGUCUGUCGCUCGAGGAUUUAUUCAACGGCGGGCGGCCUACAAGUUGCUGUUUAAAACGGAAGCGGCUCAGAUCAUACAACGAAACUUCCACGUCUACCUGAAGCUCGCCGAGAAUCCUUGGUGGCAGCUCAUCGUAAAGAUGAAGCCACUGCUCGGGGCAACGCGCACAGCAACGGAGGUUACGAGACGUGACGGCAUGAUCAAAGAGCUCAACGACAAGAUGCAACGGGAGCUGGACGUUCGGCAGAAGUUGGAGGAGGAACGGAGAAACUGCCACGCUGAAAUGGUGCGGAUCCGGCAAACGUUGGAGAGCGAGCGCGCACUGGCAUUAGACAAGGAAGAGAUUUUCAAGCGUCUUCAAAUCCGUGAGGUGGAGUUGGAAGAAAAGCUUGCCGGAGCAAUUGACGACCAGGAGCGACUGGAGGAUCAGCUCGACGAGCUCAUGGAGGCCAAAAACCGUGCGGAACAAGAGGUGGAGAGGUGCCGUGCCCAACUCGAGCAGGCGGCAAACCUUAUCGCAAAGCUCGAGGAAGAGAAAAUCGAGCUAUCCGAGAGAUCAGCCGAGUUGGAAAGCGCGAUCCGAGAGAUCUCGCAAAGGCAGUCUGAGCGCGGCGAGCAGGAGGCAGUGCUGGAGGGCGAGAUCAAGAUGCUGCAGAGCCAGCUGUCUCUCAAGGACAGGAAAGCCCAGGAUCUGGAGAGCAAGCUGCUGCAGGUCGACCAGGACCUCGGCGUGAAACUGCACACAACGCAGAAGGCGCUGGAUGCGAUCAAGCUCCGCGAAUCUCGGCUGUCGGAAGAAAACAAAAACCUUCAACAGCAGCUCUCGCAGCUCUCCAAGACGUCGACCGAUUACGAGGACCUCGUCCGCGGCAAGGAGAGCGAGCUUGCCUUGCUGCGAAGCGACAAGCGCAAAUUGGAGGAAGAGCGACAGAGCUUAGAAGGCCAGGCGAAAUCCUUGGCCGACGAAAAGGCCACGAUCACGAACAAAUUUCGUGACGUUCAGGCGGAGCUUGUUGCGAUGAGGACGAGACAGUCGCAACUAGAACGCGAGGCCGAGGAGGCCAGAACACUGCUCGAGGCGCGCCUCUCCGAAGACGCCCAAGCGGACCAAAACCGAGCUCUACUGGACUCACAAAUCAAGGACUUGAAAGAGGAACUGUACAAAACUCAGACGGACUUGAGCAGGGAGCGUCAGUCGCGCGACGAUGUGCAGCUUCUCGCCGAACACAAGUACGAGUCACUCAAAGAAAAGUUUGAUCGUCUCAACGAGUCCAAGAUCAUCAUCGAAAAGGAGCUGUACGCUCAGCAAGACACCCUGCGUCGAACGAUGGAAUCCCGCACCGCGGUGGAGAAGGAGAGGGACGAGGCUCGGGAUGAGAUUCGACGCCUGCGUGUGGCCAAAUCUCAGGCCGAGGAAGCUCGGCAACAGGCUGAGAUGGCGGGCGAGCGACUGGCGUCCAGGCAGGCGCGUGAGAGGGAACAGAGCCUUGUCAGGGACCUCGACGCGGCUCAGGAGCGGUUGCAAUGGUACGAGCAAGAGUGCGGGAACCUCAAUCGCCAGAUUGAGGAUCUCAAUAAGCUGAUUCUGUCGUCGGGAGAGUUCGGCCUCAAGAACGAUCAAGCCAAGGAAAGGAUGGAGCGAGAGCUCACAACAGUCAAGAGCCGUCUGGCGGCUUCCGAAAACGACAACCGAGCUCUCCUCAACAAACUCCAGCAGAAAGGGCUCGAGAUCGCUCGGUCGACUACGCGAGCAAAUGAGACGUCCCGCGGCCAGGUGGUUUCCCUUCAUCGGGAUAAGGGUCGACUUGAGGAACAAAACGCCGAGCUCAACAAGCAGCUGAGCGACGCGCAGGUUACAAUUGCUUCCUUGGAGAAGAAGGCGGAGAAGCUUCAACUUAACCUCGAAGACCUCAACCACGAGGUAGCACGAGAAGCCCAGACGAGCAGGAAUGCUGAAAAGGCUUCGUCCAACUUCACAGCUCAGCUUGCCGAAGCCAACCGGACGGUCGAGUCGGAGCGUCAACUCCGUUCACAAGCUCAAUCCACCAUUCGCGCUUUGCAGGCUUCCAUCGACUCCCGCGAUAGGGAACUGGAGGAGCUACGCGGGCAGAUUCUCCGUGCUUUGAAGACGGCCGAUCCCGACAUGUAUGCGCUGCCAUCAUCGAACGAGUCUAACCAGAAGGCCGUCCAAAACUUUGACCUCGUGCGAAAGGUGGAGGAGCUGCAGCAGAAUCUUCGUGUCCAGACGGCAGGGAGGGCCAACGCCGAGAGCCAACUGGCGAGCCUGCGCGCCUCUCGCAACGACACGCCAACGCGACCGAAGCUGGAGGAGAUUCACCUCAACGAGGCCCCCUUCAACGGAUCCCCGACACAGAGACGGACGGCCAAGGUCAACAACCAGAGGUCGGCGAACGCGUCGACGCCAGUGCAGCGGGCGCCGGAUGCGGACCUCCAGGAGUCUGCCAAAUCGGACAAGACGGCCGAUACGGCGACGGUUAACAACCGGAUGGAUCUGAAGGCGGAAGUGGAAGAGCUCCAGAACCAGCUACAACUGGCACAGAUGCAAAACCGCCACCUCCAGAGCCAACUGGAUCGGAGCACGCCGGUUCCGGAUAACUACGAUGAACAGAGCCCGUCGCUGCGCAGGAUGCAAAAACUCGAAAAAGUCAACAGCCGUCUGCACGAGAUGCUGGAUGACUCAUCCAAGAAGGUAUCGGCGCUCGAGAAGACAAUGCGAGCCGGUGAGCUGUCCUUGCGAGAUGUACAAGCCAGGUCCCACGAAGAGAUUCUGGAUGUUCUCAACAAUCAGGAGGAAUCGCGCCGCUCUCUUCUGCACAGCCACAAGGAUGCUGUGGCAGAGCUGACGGAUGUGAAGUCCCACUUUGACAAGAUGAGGCACGACAGGGCGAAACUCGAGGUGGAGUUGCGGGACACGAGGUCGGACCUGCAGGAGAUGACGGUGGCGCGCGAGCAAGAGUCGCAGAGCCGAAGUCAGCUGCUGCAGGAGUACGCCGACCUUCAGAUCCGGCUGGACGCGGAGUCGUCGAAGCUCGCCGACGUCAGCUCGAGCCUCGACAUGUACAGGAGCAGGGCGGACGAGUACUUUGGCAAGCUCGAGCAGGCCGAGAUUGCCGUUCUCAAAGCGAGCCGGGCGGAGCAGUUUGCGAGGUCGCAGGCCAAGGAGGCGGAGGAUACGUACACGGAGGUGAUGGCGGAGCGUCAGAAGAUGGACGCGAGCAUCGACGACCUGCAGCGGCAGAAUCAGCGUCUCGAGGAGAGGGUCGAGGACAUCUCGACGGACCUUGAAUCCGUCACGCAGGCGAAGAAGCGGCUGCAGCACGAGCUCGAGGACUACCGAAACCAGCGGGCGAUUGACAUCGAGGACAAGGAGUCGAGCAUGGAGCAGACACGGAAGAAGUAUCAGGCCGAGUUUGCGACGCUGGCGAAGGAACUGGACCUCGCGCGCGAGGAGAAGCUCUACAAGCAGGCGGAGAUUGCCCGGCUGCGGGAGGAACUAGACGAGCUCCGGUCGAAGUGGGACGACGAGGUGCUCAACAGCUCGACGUGGAGCAAAGAGAAGGCGCGGCUCGAAUCGACGCUGGCGGACGUGGCAUCGUCGCGCGACGAGGCGGUGACGGCCCACAACGAUGCACAAGGGAAGGUCGUCUCGCUGCUAUCGCAGGUGCGAACGCUCCGGUCGGCCGUCGACGAGGUCGCCUCCGAGCGCGACCACCUUCAGCGAGAGAAGCGAAGCAUCGAGGCUCGACUGGAAGAGGCCAAGACCAACCUCGAGGAGCUGACGAACGCUGGUGAGAGCCCGUCGAUCCGGGACGCCGCGAGCAUGGACAGGGAAGUGCUCGAGCUCAAAUCCAAGCUCGCGCACCAGGAGGACAUUGCGGCGGCGGCGGUGGAGAAGAUGCGGCGAGCCGAAGCUCUGGCGUCGGAGAUUCAAAAGGACAUUGCGACUGAGCGCGAGGCUAGCACGGGACUUCAGAGGCAAAAAGCGUCGCUCGAGAAGAGCCUGAACGAGGCGCAGCUCAAGCUCCUUGAGUCGCAGCUGGAGGAACAGGAGACGGAGCGGAGCAAGUCUCAGCGGUCGGUGCGCAACGUCGAUCGGGUCGUCAAGGAUCUCCAGGGCCAGGUCGAGCGCAAGGAGAAGCAGAAUACGCAACUGUCGGACGACGUCAACCGGAUGCGCGACAAGGUCGACAAGCUGCUCCAGACGAUUGACGAACUGCAGGCUUCCGAGUCGACGAACCAGCUGUCGGCGCGCCGGGCCGAACGCGAGCUUCGCGAGGAGAAGGAAAAGACGCUGCGGCUGGAGCGUGAGAUUGGGGACUGGAAAGGCCGACGAAUGGGGGGACCGGCCAGUCUCCCCGGCAGCCGGGUCGGUGCUUGGAGGGGCGGGAGUGAAAUCGACGAUGGGUCCGUCACUGACACGUUGAACAGAGCACCAAGCCUCACAAAGGGGUUCAUGUGA